UAUCCGUACAACAAAAAUAAUUCAUUUACACGAAAUCAAAUUCCAAUUAGCAGUCACACGAUAGAUUUCAUCUGUAAGGUUUUUUGAUGUUUUGACUCGCCGGUUCAACUCAGCCAUGUCGAUAAUUCGAUUCCGAUUCCGAAGCGCAGUAAAUUUUGACUCGGUGGAUAUCGGAGAAGGCAAACAUUCAAUAUCAGUACGCGAUCUCAAAUCCAAAAUCGUGCUCAACAAAAACCUCAAUCUGUGUCAGGAUUUUGAUCUUCUUCUAUCUGAUGCGCUAACUGGCCGAGAAUAUUGCGAUGAAAAUAAUCAAGUUCCAGCUGGUUCAAGUGUGAUUAUUAAAAGAGUGCCUAAAGGAGCAGUUUAUUCAGAUAUAGGUCGCGGCGAGACAUCUGAGAAUAUUAGAAUUAAGGACGGAAUUUAUGAAAUAAAGACCGCCUCUACUUCAUUGAAUUUAGAAGAUGAUAAUUUUGAUGAUUUUGGGGCUGAACUGUGUCCGAGCCUUGAGGCAACCAUAUCUGGUUCUGGUCUCAAUGCAGAUAACAAGUUGCUGUUUACCAUCAAUGAGACAACUAAUGAAGUUACAAGGUGCUUUGAGACACCUUUAGUAGGAUAUCAGAAACCUGAAGCCAGUGGACUUAGUGAAGCUACUCUAAGAGGACCUUUAUGUAUAGAUGGCAAUCUAGACUUGCCUGGGACAAAAUCAAAGUCUAGUGUUGUAGAGUAUGCAAAACCAAAGAUGGUGGUUACUGCAAAUCGUCAAGACAUGGAGAUUGGUUGUUUGCCAGCUGAACUUAAGUGCUCUUUGUGCGACACGUUUUUUAAGGAUGCCGUGAUGAUUCCUUGCUGCCAGCAGAGUUUCUGUGAAAAAUGCAUUGAUCUAGUGCUUAUUGAGAAGGGAAGGUGUCCCAAGUGCCUAUCUAUGAAAUAUAAAGUGGAAGAUUUGCUGCCAAAUAUUUCUCUUAGGCAAGCAAUCAAACAUUUCCUUGAAUCUCAAAGUCUAAUAAGAAGUUCAGAAAAUGCAUUUGGGUAUGCUCCAGAUGGAGAGUCAGGUAUUCAAGUCAAGGAAAUGUCUUGUGCUGUGAGUAUUCAACAAAGGGAAGCAGAGUCACCUCAUUCUCCUUGUACUACAGGGCAGGGUUCCAACCAAAUUAUAUCAAAUGCUAUUGGUGGGAAAUCAUCCUUUUCACCCAAGUUAAGAAAGAUAAAUGCAGAAAAGCAUGGCUCUAUGCAUUCUGUGUUUUCGAGUAGCUGGCCUGAGAAUUCAGCUGCUGAUUUCCAAGCUGAGUCCACUAUUAAGAAGAGAGCAUUGCAUGUCCAAACUACAGGCGCUGCUGAUAUGAGUUUUAUGGAGACUGGAAGGUACAGAAAGAGGGACCGUACGUGUUUCAUGUGUGGAUCGCCAGAUCAUUUGAUAAGAGACUGCCCAGCUGCUUCAAGUCCGCAUGUUAUGAUACAGACAGGAAGCAGUUUGUUUUCUAGAGCUGCGCCAGGCUAUAUGCCGCCUUUUUACAAUGGGGCACCCUUUCAUCAAAUCAGCCCCUUUGCAAAUCCAUAUGGGGCUCACUUCAAUGCAACCAUGCUUCCGCCUGCAAAUUAUGUGCUUCCUACUUACAUGCCUCCUAUGUAUGGUGGCAUGGCUGCAUAUCGAGGCUCUACGACAAUUGUGGGUACAGCAUUUACUGGUCCAGAGUGGCAUCUGGGCCUGUCUGAUUGUCAGGAGCGUGCAGGUUAUGAAAAAAGACAGAAGCUUGCACAUGAUAAUCUGUUGAGGGGAAAAUAUCUCGAUGAUGACGACAAAGAUAGUUAUGAUAAGCGAGGUCAUUCUUACGAAAUAGAUAGAUUAGAUCACCCUAGAUUUUAUCGAGAUCAGGAAGGCAGCGGAAGCCAUUCCAAGAUCAGCUCUACUGAAAGACCUCAUAAGAGACAUCGGCGCCAUUAUCAUUAUGAUGAUGGACUUGAAAGAUCAAGUUCAGAAGUAGAGGAUAUGCCAAGUAGUUCCAAUAAGCACAGUGAAGAGCAACACAAGUACCAACAUCGGAAUAUUAAGGAGCGUGAUAGUGAUUCUAGUCUCAAUCAUCAUCGAAGCACUAAAUCGAAAGACGCUAAAAGAAAAAGUGGAUCUGAUGUCAAAAGAGACGAACAAAACCGUCAUGGCCGAUCAGGAUCAGGUUUAGAACCAUGCUUAUCCAUUGACCAGAAAAGAGGACUGAAAGAUAAAGAUUCCGGUCACAGUUCAAGACAUUCUAAGCACCGGUCGAAGUCCACGAAAAAUAAGCAUAUUCAUGAAAGGUGGAAGAUGGUUAGCGGUUCAGAUGAGGAUCGUGAAGAUGACAAUCAUUAUCAUAAUCGUAAAAGACAUUAUUAGAAGUUUCUACAGGACUGAUUAUUGAGAUAGUAAGCAUUUGGAAGUGGCUUCAUGAUCAAUCAGUUUUGUAGUAUCUGCUUACUAACCCUACUUUUUUUUUCAUAGCUUGAGCUUCGGAGCCUAGCCAACAAAUAUUUAUAUCAGAAAAGCAAUCGAUAGUUUAGGUUAGGGCUUGGAUGCUUUAUACCGUCACUGCCUGAAUGUUUUGUGGACAUUGCUGAAGAUGGUGCAGGUAUGUUUCUUUCAAUUCAAAACAAAUCUAAAUUUACUAUAUGGAAAGAGACAUGUAAAAUGUCUUUUUCAAUUUAAUUACCGGUAGUUAAAAAAUAAGAUUAUUAUAUUUAUCUAAAAUAGAUUAUUGGCAUCCAUAAUGGUUAUACGAAAAUGAGUAUAAUAGCAUGUAUUUCACUCUAUUACACUCUCUUCAUUUAUAAUUUUUCUCACUAUGAAUUACACUUUUUAAAAUUUAUUGUAUGUCCCACAAUAUCUAUUUUUCUGUUUUACUAUAUAAUUAAUAUUUAUAAUAAUAUAUAUUUUUUCAAAUAAUUUUAAUAUUAUUUUAGAAUUAUAUUAUUAUUAAUUUCAAACAAAUUUAACUAGAAUAAUGUUAAAUCUUAUUUAUUUAUAUUUUUCAAAAUAACAAAUUUAUAAAUUAUGUAUAAUUAAUAAUUAUUACAAUUUGAUUUGUUUAGGUUACUAUUUGAGUAAUUUUAUCUUUGGGAAGAAAAAUUAUUUUUAUGUUACGAAAAUUUAGCCCAAGUGGCUAAGACUCCAUGUAUUCUUGAACUCUCGAUUUUGAGUCGAAUUUAAAAUUUGAAAAUCUAACCACUAAACUACUAACUUGAUUUGAUUUUACCUCUGUAAAAAAGAAAGAAGUCUUUUAUACAUAAUACAAAAAUAUUUAAAUUUUCAUUUAUAAAUUAAAUUAAUUUAAUAAAAAAUUAAGAAAUGAACAUAAUAAUAUAUUAAAAUUUAAAUAAAAAACUAUAGUAAUUUUUGUAUGAAAAUUUAAUUGGAUAUAUAAUAAACAGUUAUAUCUUUUAAAAAUUAAAAUAAAAUUUAAAAGUUAUAAAAAAAUUAAAAGGUUGGUUGGUGCAAAUCACCAUCAAAUUAAAAAAGAAAAAUUAAAUUGUUACUGUUGCUACCUUUAAGCAAGUGUAAAAUAUUCAUUUUAGAAAUAAGUCGCACUAAAAUUCUAUUAUACUAUUUUCUACCAUGAGAUGGUUCUAUACUAUUUAUUAAGUGGAUUGGUGAAUACUGUCCUGAUUUUACUACGUAUCGCUCCUAUUAUUAUCUUUCUAUCCUUUAUCUAUUCUAAACUUAAAAUUCCAUAUUCAAACUCUCUUAACUCACAUUCAAACCCGACGAACGAGUCACUAUUCCGAGUUAAAAUGUUGGAGUCUAAUUGGGAAAGUGGAUGGAAACCUGCGGUAACUGGUCGUUUUUAGUUUUUUUUAAAAAUUUCUUUGCUGCCAUACGCCUCUGGACGUUUGGUCACUUGCCAGACGCAAUCUGGGGUCGUCCGACAUGUAUAAACAGACAAAAAAUUUAAAAAAAACGUAAAAAUCACCUCGAGGGAGGCUGAGUAAUUUGUUUCCAGUUGACGAAUU